AUGGCCGCCCAGCUCCCAUCCGAGGCCAUUGGCUCCGCCGUUGGUAUUCUCAUCUACAGUUUGUUUUGUCUGUUUCUGAGCCUGCUUCUGCUAUGGCUGGUCUGGGUUCAUCAUGAGCGAAGAAGCUAUGUGGCUAUGCUAUCAUUCUCCAUGUCCUUGGGCACACUGGCAUCCAUCAUCCAACAAAUCCACACAAUAGCCUACUGGAACGACGUCAAGACAUCGCAGUACGAAAACGUGGUAGCCAAUGCUGGAAGGCCCGAGUUAAACGUCACCGGCGCUUCUACCGGCUUCGACCUCGUCCUCUUUUACAUACAGUACUAUUCCUACAAUGUGGAUGCCAUGCUGGUGGUUUUCUGGUCCGUCGAAUUGGCAAACUCGAUCCUCCAGCUUCGAAAUUCCAGGCUCAACCGCCUCAGGGGAAGUUUGUGGGCAAAGGCGAGCGCCAUUAUCCUGCCUAUCAUCCAGGUGUGCCUGCUCAGAACCAAUGUUGUUCAAGGCAGUGUCUUUGGCUUCAUGGUCUUGGCCGACUUUAUCAUGAUCAUAAGCUUUGGUAUCGGUAGCCUGCUUCUGUUCGCUAUUCUUAUCAAGUACAUCCACUCCAGGGCCGCCCUGGUGUCCUGGAAAGUUCGCUAUGGCCAAAAUUCGUCAAAGACUACCAACCCAUACUCGGGUAGUGGGAACGUGCCGUCGGGUCACAGGCCUGCUCUACCGCGCAGAAACAUCUACGAUAGCUGGCUUGCUGUGCGCUUCACUGUCGCCUUUGUGGCAUUAGGACUCUUCGAACUAGUCGUCAUCUUCUUCCAACUCCGCGCCGCCAACACCAACACCAAAGACAACAUCCCCCCCAAACCCGACCUCAGCGCCGCCCGCGCCCGAGGCGACUUUGCCCUCUUCUGCCCCGGCGUCUCCGCCAGUCUUCUCAUCUUCAUCGUCUUCGGCACCACCCGGACCUUCCGCGAGUACGUCUGGACCCGAUUUGCGCCCCAACUGCUCCAGGACCGAGUCGCGGCAAGGAAGGCCCUCAAGAAGCAAAAAACCCCACCAAACGAAGGAGGACAAGGAGGCGAAAAUGGAACCAUGGCGCCACCCGUCAUCUUGUCCACCUUCCAAAUCGGUGUCAGGAGAAACAGCAGUCACAACUCUGCAAACCCUGCUGCUGGCGCCACCCACGACGACAACGACUAUAAAGGGGUGCAGACACUGACGACCAUUAACGGACACAAGUAUCGGAAUGGACCGUAUACACCCUAUAUACGCAGCGCGACGCCGAGUCCCUGUCCCUCGCCUAGUCCCGGGCCUGGUAGUGAGGUGGAUCUGGAGAUGGGGAAUGGGAAUGGCGGGCAAUACGCAGGUCGCGGGAGCUACGAGGGAAGCGGCGGCGGCGGCGGGAAACAACUACAACAACAACACUUGCAGACGGCAAGGACGACGACAGCCUUUGGGGUGGUGGUUAGGAGUACAAGCCGGACGGAUGAUGAUGACGUUCCGAUUUUGAAGAAGGCGAUGCCUGCUUUUCAGAGAGGCCAUCGAUAG